GAUGUGCAUCUUUCCACAGGCCUGGUGCUAAAGGACAUUAUCGAGAAGUACUUCGUUUCCCCGACGUUGCUUCGAGUGGUUCGCGUGGCGAAGGUGGGGCGAGUCCUGCGUCUGGUAAAGGGAGCCAAGGGUAUCAGGACGCUCCUCUUCGCCUUAGCCAUGUCCUUGCCCGCGCUCUUCAACAUCUGUCUGCUGCUUUUCCUCGUUAUGUUCAUCUUCGCAAUCUUCGGCAUGUCAUUCUUCAUGAACGUCAAACACACUGGGGCCUUGGACUCUGUUUACAACUUCGAGACGUUCUUCCAGUCUUUCAUUUUGCUGUUCCAAAUGAUGACGUCAGCUGGGUGGGAUGGUGUACUUUCUGGCAUUAUCAAUGAGAGGGACUGCCGGGUGCCUGAUCCGGAGACCGGCGAUCCUGGUAACUGUGGUAGUCAACCCAUUGGUAUCGCUUACCUAAUGGCCUACCUGGUAAUGACCUUCCUCAUCAUUAUCAACAUGUACAUCGCUGUCAUCCUCGAAAAUUACUCCCAAGCAACAGAAGACGUGGAAGAAGGUCUCACAGAGGAUGAUUACGACAUGUACUACGAGAUCUGGCAAGAGUUCGAUCCCAAAGGCACACAGUUUAUAGAAUUUGGCACUCUCUCUGACUUCAUGGAUGUACUGGAAGCUCCCCUCCAGAUUCACAAGCCAAAUAAGUACAAAAUUGUGUCGAUGGACAUCCCUAUUUGCAAAGGAGACCUCGUUUUUUGUGUGGACGUCCUCGAUGCACUAACCAAGGACUUCUUUGCUCGCAAAGGAAAUCCAAUAGAGGACUCUGGCGAUAUGGGUGAAGUAGGACCUCCUGCUGAGAGACCUGGUUAUGAACCAGUGUCCUCAACGCUAUGGCGUCAACGCGAAGAAUAUUGCGCUCGACUAAUACAACAAGCGUGGCGCAAACACCGACAGCUCAAAGACCAGUCGUCGCUUUCAGGAACUGGUUCACAAGAAGACUUCAAGCAAGCAGAUACCGCCGUCCUGGUGGAAAGUGAUGGAUAUAUAACAAAAAACGGCCAUAAGGUGGUGAUUCACUCGCGAUCACCAUCGUUGACGUCACGGUCCACAGAUGUGUGACUGAAAAAAGGCGAGUAGAUAAAGUUGCUUGUUGACUGUUACACGGGACAGUUGUAAACCUUUAUUUCAAGGUUGUUGACUACUACACGGGUUGUCUGUUAAGUGAAAAAGGUUUUACUUCGUCCCAUAAGGCUUUGAUAUCAGCGGCGUAUGAACCCGCCACUAACAAACAAUUUAACUUGUUGGUGUUGGCGGUUGGACCACUCUUGCUCGGGAACACUUCACUCCUAAUGCCUUGUUGUUUAAGUUUACAGUCCAACUGUCCUCAUCAGCUUCCCGAUCUUCGAGUGCCACGCCCUCUGUGCAGAUAUUACUGGCCUAAGUGAUUCACUAUAUGUUUAUUUUUGUAUUUAAUAUUCUGAAUGAUUAUUGGGCCCUUUGUUACCUGUCUUGGUACUGCUGCUGGGUUCAAGCGAGGUUGGGUGUGCCUGCUCUUCACGAUUGUCAUUCUUAGCUGGUAUGGAGGUGACAUGAAGCCUGAUGACACUGCCACCCAUGGCCGCCCACUCACGCCCACGCUCACAGUAUUGUUGACUCCCGGUGUAUGAAGCACCGACAACACCACAUCCCAUCCCCGAGGACGGCCAGGGGGCACAUCAGACCGAGCCAGCAAGCAAGUGGGAGAGACUGCGUAGCGCCAUGAGGGGUUGUGUCACAGAGGUUCCUAUGCAGGCGGGCGGAGUGGUGCUCAGUGAUUCAACAUGAAAAGGACUCGUAACAUGCGCAUAAUCCACCAGCAACACAGAGUUCUCGAUGAAUGUCCAAGGGAAUAUCAAAAGCAUAAUCAUAACUGUGUAAUAGACAGAUGCCUUUAUUUGAGUGCAGAAGAUAACUAGCAAUUGCACAGCCUGGUAGAACUUGUAUUGUUAGACAUCUUCAAUGGACACUGCGCUAUCCACCACCUCCUUUCCUACACUUGGCUUUCACCCAGCUCCUUCCCUCAUCCUCUACCCCAAGACUUUUUCUGGCUCCUUUGAAAAUUUCUGUUUAUCAAACUUUUUGGCUGAUGAUAUCACACCUGCUUUUAGCACUUUAAGGACCAACCAUUCCUUCAGUUUUCAAAAAAGUAAAUGAGUGCUAAUACUAACAGUGGCUCUCUCUCUCUCUGCAAUUCCUUUUCUCCUUUUUUUUCAAAUUCCUGUCUAAAGAGUUUUAUGUCCUUGUGAUAACUUCCCCAUCACUGGGAUAUGAACUGCCAUCUUCUAUGUCCACACUGUUUGUUUGAAUAGUGAUUUAUAUUCCCAAGAGUCACAAUGGACCUUCGUCGUUCUUCCCCAGAUAUCAGGAGCCAUUGAUGACUUUAUCAAAAUAGAAGAUAGAUUAAUAAGAAUAGUUUGAUAUUGCAAUCCUACCAGUCAAAUCAUUCCUCUAUAUUUUCUUUUUCAUUGUAUAGAUUCAUUAAGCUCUCUAAGCAGAAAAGAAUGCGGCAUCAGAAAUCCAUUGGCCAUUAUUAAUAGGCCAUUCGAGGAGGGAGUUGCAUUGGUGAUGUUGAUGCUUACUGUCUCCCUCUUCCCCAAGUGGAGGCGUCGGCGAAAAGCUUCACUCAAUGCACUAUCUUCACCCAUUCGCUCUUUUGUACUUUGAUGCCAUCCUUUUCCUCCUCUUUCAUCAUUAUUCAACUAGCUCCCUCCCGAUGGUUUAUAUGAUAUAAACCAUUGGUUUCUAUCAUAUACAUAUUUAACAAUUCUACAAACAGAUGAAGGACUGGUAUUUGCAAGUUUCAGUAUUAAUUAAAAUCCCUUAGUUUCUGUUUUCCUCUCCUUUCUAACCACCCUCUCGUCUUCACCAUAUGAUUUUUUCCUCCCCGCUGAUUUCAAGAAACGUUAUUCAGCUCAUAUCUUUGUCCUUGAAGGAGCCACGCCCUGUUCUUGCGUCUUUGCUAUUCUUGUUACCACGUUGUUUACCAUUUGAGACUGGGUUGUCUGAUUCUCGAUUGCCUUAAUAUGUAGUAUGAUUGGCAUGGAUCGUUUAUUGUGCAAUUUUUUGUAGAUAUGCUGCUAUCUGCAAGAUAAUUGUAUUUAAACCUACGAAAAUGUUAGUGUAAGGUUAUGCCGUGCAUAAUUACCCAGAGACAAUUAUAAUUACAUAAAGUGUCCAUCAGCCUGAAACUGAAUUAACAGAAAAGCUAUUUGCAUAAGUAACUAUAUGAAAACCCAAGGAUGAAAUGGACAAUGCGGUGCCGUUUCUGCGGUGGGGUAGUUGCACCCAAGAGUGCCAAAGGUCCGGGUCUGGCGCGUCCUCUUCCCCCCUGGUGACGCCCUGUGGCCCCGCCUACCCCCGCCCGCCGUGCCCGCUCACCGCUGCUACCAACCGCUACCUGUCUCCCUUACAGGACGCAAUACUAAAGCUCUGCAACAGUGGCUGUCGAUUCUGUGUCGGGUGUCAGGCAUCCUGCCACCAAAAGCCUCCUCCUUAUGUUAUAAUUGUUUCAAAUGUUUCAUUUUUGAUCCCAAUUCUGUUCCACUUCCUAAUGAUGUAAGAAUAAUGGCUGAAUUCCGGCGAAAAUCUUUUUUUCUGUGAACAAUUGGAAAAUAAGAUAGAAUUUUCUCUCGUAAUACUACUCCAGGCUUGACUGUGCUGGCACGAGUGGGCAUGGUGCCACUAUGGCAGCCAAUCAACGAGCGACUCUGUUUCCCUCCAGGGCGGCACGCCGCCCCUUGUUUGUAGCUGGUGAUGGUAGGUCAGUGCAGACCCCUGAGGGCCUCGCUCUCAGUGUAUUGUCCACCGCUACACCGCUCGGCCAUCACACGGCACUCUGCCCUCUCGACCAUACAACAACGGCUUGUAACUGCAGACACUAACUUUUAAGAGACAGUGCUGUGAAACUCCUUCAGAUUUGUACAUCUCUUUGUUUGCAACAUGGAGUGCCCCACCGGAGCUCACGGCUCUCCACACCUCAUCCAUAUUCUACACUAAAUUAUUCUGCCGUUGUCGAUGGGGCACUUGCAGGCAUUUAGUUAUUAUUGCUUUUCUUUGUUUAAUUUUCAUUAUUCUGAUGUGAUAUGAAUUAUGUAAUAUUCAAACUGUUAUAUUUUUGAUAAACAGAUUUGUUUUUCUAUUCUCAGUGAGAUGUAAUAGUUUAAAAGCCCUUUUGUAUGUUAAAUCAACAAAGAGCAAGAGAGACUUGCAGGAGACGGUGAUACCUGCUACACCUCUUCCCCAUGUGUAGCAGGUCUGCUACCUUAAAAUUCCUGGUCAAGUAUGUUAAAGAGGACAUACACUUCUCACAGUCAUGAUCAAGCCCGGUUCUUUUGUUUUCUGUAUCCUUUAUGUGACAACGACAAGGCGAUGUAUUGCAGCUUGCCUCAAAUUAUGUGGUUUGCGGAGAUUGAUCGGGCCCUCCCAUCCUUCCUCCGUGCUGGCCACCCGAACUCGGCAUCCUCAGGGCGUCACAAGGGCUGUGGAUCCCGCGGCGACGGACGUCUGCGCUGGCGCCGUAACGCUGUCUCACAGCCUUGGAUCUGCCCUGGUGUGGUUCCCUGCGUUCCUCGGACGGACGGAGGAUGGGGCCCGAAUCACGAACAGAGUACAUUUAGCCAGAAGGUAGAACAAGUUUCUCAAGUGACGGUCAUGGACGAUGGUGUUAGUCACGAAGUUAGGACGAGGAAACGGAGGAAGAGCAAAAGUUGCAGCACAUUGCAGAAGCUCAAAUGAAAUACUCCAAUGAAAUAGCGACUAUAAACCCUUAAGAUAUUGAGUAUAAAUGAUAAAAUUGUCAAAUUAAGGUCAUUUGAAUUUUUAAAAAAAGGUUAAAGUGUGACUGCCUCAACAGAAUCCAACUAUGUGAAGCCAUGCAAGGAUGCACAAAACAUUAGAUCGAAUAGUUGCAAAAAAGGGUAGAAAGAAGUGUACACUAUAGCUCAUUAGACUCAGAUGUCCAGUAAUGUUGAAAAAAAUCGAGAUACAAAUGCAAAACAAAGGCUUCAAGACGAAAACAAGAAUACCUUACCAGAAGACCGUGAGAAAAUGUUCCAUCCAACAGCAAGACGCAAAGAGGAACUGCAAACCACCCUGACAGUGAACUUUCUCUCCCUCUCACCCCUUGGAGCCCAGACUUCUGUCGAAAUCUAAGGUGUGAGAGGUCGGCACAUUGGAACUCCCAGGGAGUUUACAUCAUGGAUCCUUGUUCAUGUUGGCCAUAAGGUCGUGCUGGUCAUCAUUGUCAGUGUCAGCUGGACUGUUGUCGCUGUGUUACGCAUUGCCAAUCACUAGUCGAUUGUAUGCUUCGUGAAUGCUAGUUUAAGUCGUGGUUGAGCGAGGGAAAUUCAAAUCCACAAGAGGACAUUAAAAUUAGUCUACAAGACACCACGCCAAGGACGCUUUGGUAGUGGGAGGCACCGACUCGUGGAGCGGAGAUUGCUAGAUGCUUGUACUAGUACCCUGCACAACACUCACUCAGCGCGUUAUUAUGAAAAUUUAAGCUCUGAAGGUUUUCCUCACCCAAAGACUUUUAAAAAGUUCUCGUAGUUUGCUUAGAAAGAAUGCAAAAAUAUAUCAUGAUGUUCUUCACAUACUCUCAACAAUGUACCAACGAUCAUCCUGUGUGAGAACUUGGUGUUGUAGCCCGGUGGCUGGCACGUCGAGUAUGCUGACAUGAAAUGCAACAUGUCAUGCAUACUGACGUGCACCUUCUGACAUACCAGACACACUGUUGUGUAGAUACUGACAUACCAGCAACACUAGUUAUUCCAAAGACGAUAAUAUUGAUUAACUAUAAACAAAAGCUUAUCACUGUCAUGUAGGCAGCAGCAAAUCAGCUACACCUUGUGAAGUAAUUAACAUACCAGUUACUCUGGAGUUACAGCUCGCAUAUCAAUACACAAGUCACUGUUGUACUUACACACCCCAAGCUAAAAUGUACGUUACACUGUUUUAACCACAUGUUCUUUUCACGUAGUUAUGUCAUAUUCACCUACAUUCCUACAUUAAGUUACAAGUUACACAGGUAUAAAUGUAUAGUUCCACUGAUGUGCAUUUGUGGCGUAACAGUCACACUGUUGGGUUACUAUUUGGUUUGAUUAUUACUGCAUCAUUACAGAAAUAUUACGUGUUUUUGUGUGGCCUAAAAUACGUUUUAUAUAUUGUUAUUGCAUUAUCGGUAUACUGUUGUGUCGUUAUCAGAAUUCCAGGUCAUUCAACUUGCAAACUCGUUGAAUACACUAAAUAUGCUUUCUUGUUCUUCAUAAUUUAGACAUGUGUUAUAUAAUCAUACUGUCGCGUAUAUGGAACACGUUGGUUAAAUCUCUUAUGUAUUCAGCUAGUAACAGUGCAUAUUACGUAAUCUCAGCAGAAUGGACAGUCACGUAUUACACUGGAAACAUAAAUAAUUCUCUUUGCUUUGAGCGCGUUACGAAGUUAGGUCAUAUAUAUUAGGGUAAAAAAAAUAUUAAUGUGAUACUAUAACACCAAAC